AUGCACAGAACUUAUUCAAUGAGAGAUUCGAGGGCACCGACGGCUUCAGAGCUGGCCAACCCUCCUCCGCCUCCUUCCACUGCCAAGAAGAGCUUUUUUGGUACAGGUUCGAUUGCUUCGAUUAUUAGAAAGCAGACUGCAGGCUCGUUUGGCCCAGAACUUUCGAGGAAGUUGGCCCAAUUAAUUAAAAUUGAAAAGGGAUUGGAGAGAAGUAUGGAAGUUGUUGCCAACGAGAGAAGACUGGUUGCCAAGCAAUUGUCUAUUUGGGGAGAGGAUAACGAUGACGAUGUGUCCGAUGUGACUGACAAGUUGGGUGUCUUACUGUAUGAACUUGGAGAGUUGCAGGACCAAUUCGUUGAUAAGUACGAUCUCUACCGUAUUACUUUGAAGUCUAUUAGAGACAUCGAGUCAUCUGUUCAACCUUCCAGGAACAGAAAACAGAAGAUUACUGACGAAAUCGCUCACUUAAAGUACAAGGAUCCUCAGUCUCCAAAGAUUCCUGUUUUGGAGCAGGAGUUGGUUCGUGCAGAGGCUGAAUCUCUUGUUGCUGAGGCUCAAUUGUCCAACAUUACGAGGGAGAAGUUGAAGGCUGCAUAUUUGUAUCAGUUGGAUUCGUUGAGAGAGUUUUCUGAGAAGGAGGCUUUGAUUGCCGGUUAUGGAAAGGCACUUUUGGAGUUAUUGGAUGAUGCCCCUGUUACUCCUGGUGAAACUAGACCUGCCUAUGAUGGUUAUGAGGCUUCCAAGCAAAUUGUUAUUGAUUGUGAGAGCGCUCUAGGCACUUGGACUUUGGACAAUUCUUAUGUUAAGGAGCCUACUAUGUCUUUACGUCAUGAUGAGAUUUAUGCUGAUCCUGAACAACCGGAAGACCACGAGGAUGCUGCAGACCAUGAAGAACAGGCUGACGCUGAAGCUCAAUGGGCUGGCCAUGAGGGAGAGCCAGAGGCAGAAAAGAACUAG